UCGUUGGUUCUGCUCAUGUGCUAUCCCUACUAGCUUCAACCAUCAACAGAUCCAAUCAACCAACAAUACUUACACUUACGCUUACACUUACACUUUCAACCAUCUAUCUGCAUUCGUUAUUCGACUGUUUGCUGCAGUUCAGCUACUCAUCUCAUUCAGCCAGCCUGCAUCGUAGCCCUUGUCAUCUACCUGUCUAUCAACCUAUCUUAUCGGUUCCCCAGAUAGAAGGGUUGGGUUUAUUCUAUCCUUUUCCCGGCAACCAUGCCUGAAUACGAAUACGUCAGACGCUCGCCCAGCCCAUUCAUACGCUCCCGGUCAUUUUCCUACCAAACCCGUCCGCGACACUGCCGUCUGCGCUGUCCGGAGAACUGCGCCUGCGUCUCGGUCGAGGAGUGGAACGAGCUAGCCAUCAACGAGCGCACGGCGCGCGAGAGCGCCGACAACCUCAGGACCGAGCUCCGCGCCACGUCCCGGGAGAACAAUCGCCUGCAGGCCACGAAGCGCGAGCUGCAGGCCGAGCUCGAGCAGCUGCGCGGCCACGGGGACGCGGUGGCCAAGUUCAAGCGGCGCAUGGCGAAGCUCGCGGCCGAGGUCGAGGGCCUGCGCAAGGAGAAGGAGGUGGCCGACAUCCGCAUCCGCGAGAUCAGCCAGACCGUCACCGACAAGAACCUCGAGAUCGACCAGCUGCAGGAGGAGAACAGGCAGCUCGCGCGCAUCCACAAGCGCGACAAGCAAGAGACGAGAGAGGCUUGGAAGCUGGUGACCGACCUGCAGAGACGGCUGCACGACUGCCGGCAUGUCUUUGGAUUCCCGCGGCCGUAUGGUUACGCUUGAUGGCGCACUUGCGCCGAUGAUGGGGAUCUACGGAUUUGGGGUUUUGGAGAAUGAGGAGGACGAGGAGCGUUUGCAUUUAUAGAAGUCUUGGCGUAGGUUCAUGGCGUUGAUAGGUUGGUUGGUUGGUUGGUUGCAUUUCUCCUCCCA